GGCUCAUCUGAUCAGUUAUAAUUACCCUCGACCACUGGGAUUCUCUGAUUUUUCUUCCUAAGUCUCUAAACUAUCACUGCUAUCAAACUUGAACCCGAAACUUGAACCAUUGAUCGGAACUUAAUCCAUGGUCGUCCAUUCCAUCGCGCAACAGGGAUUCGGAGAGGGUACUAACGAAGUUUAUGACCGAGCCCGCCCAUCAUACCAGGCUGUUGUGCUAUCUCACAUCCGUCAAAGCAUUCCUAACUCAGAUCUUUCUUCUCCUCUCUUGAACAUCGUUGAGAUUGGUGCCGGAACAGGAAUAUUCACCCGGGCCCUUAUUGCCCACCCUGAUUGGUCUUCGUCUAUCAAGGAGAUCCGCGCAGUAGAGCCGAGUGCGGGGAUGAGAGCCCAGUUUGAGAAGACCGUGAUUGAACCGCAGAGUAAUACCAACAUUAAGAUAUCUGUAAACGAUGGAUCCUUCACAGAAACUGGGAUUGAAGAUGGAUGGGCGGAUGUGGUGUUCAUCGCCCAAGCUUACCAUUGGGCCCACCCUGCUUAUGACGCCGCCUCUAUCGAAUUCGCUCGAAUCCUCAAACCAUCCGGCGUCGUCGUUUACGUCUGGAACCUCGAAAGCCCAGACUCUCCUACUUCUACAUGGAUCCCCCUUCUUCGUACCCUCUAUGAGAAAUACGAAGGUGGCUCCCCACAGUUCCGGCUGGGGCUCUGGCGAGCAACGUUUGACCCGAAUGUCUGCCCAGGCUACGCAAAGUUCUUUGAAAAGCCGUUGGAGGAUACAUUCGAAUGGGUAAUUCCAACGACGGUGGAGGGUGUUGUGGAGAGGGUCAGGAGUAAGAGCUAUAUUGCGGUGCUGGAGAGAGAGAAGAACGAGGAAUAUGUGAAGCUCAUAGAGAAUGUCAAACGAUUAUUGGGUAAGGAGGACGGCGUAGAGAAGAAGUGGAUCGAUAAGGAGCAGGGUGUAUUUGAAUAUCCGUAUAAAACCACGGUGGUUGUCGCAAGAAAGGAGUAGAGAGGAAUGUCUGCAAUUGUCCCGUACUAUCGAUCAAACGUUAACAAGCUAAAAUACCGCAUUGAAAUCCGUCAUUGCAUUUGCGAUUCAAGGUUGUGAGCAACUGUGAGCAAGUUGGCGCGUACCCGAGCAUAGUCUUUUGCUGAGGGGAGCUUGUACAAUGCAUCCGGAAAGGAGAAGGGCGAACGGAGGGUCUGAGCUAGUCUAAGCGAUAACUGCGCACGAACCUAAACAUAUGUUACUAUGUAUUAGACUCGAACCCAGCAGCCGGAGUGACUCGCUGCGAUUUGAUGAAGAUGGCAGUUUGAAAGUCGAGGUAUCGAGACAUAAACUAGAGUCUUCGAACGGACACGUGAUG